CACCCGGAUCACUUUUCAGUUGCACACGAAGUGGCGCUUCGUUCUCCAAAGACAUUAGCAUGCCGUUUGUUUGGAGCUCUGUUUGCAACAAAGCGUAGUGACUUUUGGUCAGAUUUCACUCUGAAUGAUCGAUAUGGCGCUUUCGAUGGAGUCUCAGUUGCAGAGCAUCUUUGAAGAUGUCGUGAAAACUGAGACAAUAGAAGAAGCUUUUGCUGGGAUGUUCAUGGACACUCCAGAGGAUGAAAGAACUAAACUCAUCAGUUGUCUGGGAGCCUUCAGACAGUACUGGGGAACUCUGCCACAGGAUUCUCACGAGCAGUGUGUUCAGUGGAUUGUGCGCUUCAUACACACUCAGCGCAGUCCCAAAAGGAUCUCCUUCUUGUAUGAUUGUCUUGCAAUGGCUGUGGAGACUAGUCUGUUGCCUCCCAGGAUGGUGUGUGUAGCUCUCAUUAGCUCAGACAGCUUGGAGUGGGAAAGAACACAGUUAUGGGCUUUAACCUUCAAGCUCAUCCGCAAAAUAAUCGGAGGGGUGGACUACAAGGGUGUACGCGAUCUGUUGAAAGGUGUUCUGGAUAAAAUUCAGACCGUCCCCAUUACUGUCAGCUCAGCUAUACUCCAGCAGCUGCUGGCCGCCAGGGAGGUGGUGGAGUACAUUUUGGACAGAAACGCCUGCCUCCUCCCAGCAUACUUUGCUGUAACAGAAAUAAGAAAACUGUACCCAGAAGGCCAGCUCUCACAUUGGAUUUUGGGCAGUUUAAUAUCAGACUUUGUGGAUAGUUUCAGACCUACAGCAAGAAUCAACUCAAUCUGUGGACGAUGCAGUUUGCUGCCAGUUGUGAAUAACAGCGGGGCCAUCUGUAACUCCUGGAAGUUAGACCCCGCCACCCUGCGUUUCCCCCUCAGGGGCAUGCUGCCCUAUGACAAGGACCUGUUCGAGCCGCAGACUGUCUUGCUCCGCUAUGUGCUUGAACAGCCGUACUCCAGGGAAAUGGUGUGCAACAUGUUAGGACUCAACAAACAGACUCUGAACAUUGCCCAGCAAAAGCAGCGCUGCCCGGUGCUGGAGGAGCAGCUGGUGGACCUGGUAGUGUACGCCAUGGAGCGCUCGGAGACCGAGGAGCACUUUGACGCCGACGUCGGGGGGACCAGUCAGCUGCUGUGGCAGCACCUCUCCUCCCAGCUCAUCUUCUUCGUGCUGUUUCAGUUUGCCAGCUUUCCUCACAUGGUUCUGUCGCUGCACCAGAAGCUUGCAGGUAGAGGUCUCAUCAAAGGGAGAGAUCACCUGAUGUGGGUGCUGCUGCAGUUCAUAUCAGGAAGCAUUCAGAAAAACGCUUUGGCCGACUUCCUGCCAGUCAUGAAGCUUUUUGACCUACUUUACCCGGAAAAGGAGUGCAUUCCUGUGCCCGACAUCAACAAGCCCCAGUCGACUCACUCCUUCGCCAUGACCUGCAUCUGGAUCCACCUGAACCGCAAAGCUCAGAGCGACAACUCCAAGCUGCAGAUCCCCAUUCCACACUCUCUGAAGCUGCACCACGAGUUUUUGCAGCAGUCGCUGCGUAAUAAGACCCUGGGCAUGUCUGAUUAUAAGAUCGCCCUGCUGUGCAACGCGUACAGCACCAACUCUGAGUGCUUCACCCUGCCCAUGGGCGUCCUGGUGGAAACUAUUUACGGAAACGCGUCCGUAAGGACCAGUUUGCCAGGCACUAACUGUAUGGCAUCAGGAUCGGUCACCCCCCUUCCCAUGAAUCUGCUGGACUCCCUGACGGUUCACGCAAAGAUGAGUCUAAUCCACAGCAUCGCCACACGCGUGAUCAAACUGGCCCACGCCAAGUCCAGCAUCGCCCUGGCCCCCGCUCUGGUGGAAACUUACAGCAGACUGCUGGUCUACAUGGAGAUCGAGUCACUGGGCAUCAAAGGAUUCAUCAGCCAGUUGUUGCCCAAUGUGUUCAAGUCUCAUGCGUGGGGAAUCCUACACACGCUACUGGAGAUGUUUAGCUACAGGAUGCACCACAUCCAGCCGCACUACCGAGUUCAACUGCUGAGCCAUCUGCACAGCCUGGCGGCCGUGCCCCAAACCAACCAGAACCAGCUGCACCUGUGUGUUGAGAGCACCGCUCUGCGCCUGAUCACAGCUUUGGGGAGUUCAGAGGUGCAGCCGCAGUUCACCCGCUUCCUCAACGACCCAAAGACGGUCCUGUCGGCCGAGUCCGAGGAGCUGAACCGUGCUUUGAUUCUCACCCUGGCCAGAGCCACUCACGUCACAGAUUUUUUCACGGGGUCGGAUUCCAUCCACGGGACGUGGUGUAAAGACAUCCUGCACACCAUCAUGUCCUUCACGCCUCAUAACUGGGCGUCGCACACUCUGUCCUGCUUCCCCGCUCCGCUGCAGGCGUUCUUCAAGCAGAACAACGUCCCGCAGGAGUCCCGCUUCAACCUGAAGAAGAACGUGGAGGAGGAGUACAGGAAAUGGAAGUCCAUGGCCAUUGAGAAUGACAUCAUCACCCACUUCUCCAUGCAGGGCUCUCCUCCGCUCUUCCUCUGUUUGCUUUGGAAGAUGCUGUUGGAGACGGACCACAUCAACCAGAUUGGCUUCAGAGUCUUGGAGCGCAUUGGAGCCCGUGCACUGGUGGCUCACGUGCGCACGUUUGCCGACUUCCUCGUCUACGAGUUCUCCACGUCGGCGGGCGGUCAGCAGCUCAACAAGUGCAUUGAGAUCCUCAACGACAUGGUCUGGAAGUACAACAUCGUCACUCUGGACAGGCUCAUCCUGUGUCUGGCGAUGCGCAGCCACGAGGGAAACGAGGCUCAGGUCUGCUACUUCAUAAUCCAGCUGCUUCUGUUGAAGCCGAAUGACUUCAGGAACAGAGUCAGUGACUUUGUGAAGGAGAACUCUCCGGAGCAUUGGCUGCAGAGCGACUGGCACAGCAAACACAUGAACUACCACAAGAAAUACCCUGAGAAGCUGUACUUUGAGGGCCUGGCGGACCAAGUCAACCCUCCCAUACAGCAACAGCCUCAAUACCUCCCCAUCUACUUUGGUAACGUGUGCCUGCGUUUCCUGCCUGUCUUUGACAUCGUCAUUCACCGCUUCUUGGAGCUUCUCCCAGUCUCCAAGUCGUUGGAGACGCUGCUGGAUCAUCUGGGCGGACUCUACAAAUUCCAUGACCGCCCAGUGACGUAUCUCUACAAUACUCUGCACUACUAUGAGCGGCAUCUGAGGGACAGAACCAACCUGAAGAGGAAGCUGGUCCACGCCAUCAUGUCCUCGCUGAAGGACAACCGUACCCCAGGAUGGGGUCUCAGUGAAACCUACAUGAAGUGUGGCAUGAACGCAAGGGAGGACAACGUCUGGAUCCCUGAUGACACCUACUACUGCAAGCUGAUUGGACGCCUCGUGGACACCAUGGCAGGAAAAACACCCGGCCCCUUCCCUAACUGUGAUUGGAGGUUCAACGAGUUUCCCAACCCUGCGGCGCACGCUCUGCAUGUCACCUGCGUGGAGCUGAUGGCUUUGGCUGUGCCGGGAAAAGACGUCGGCAACGCUCUGCUCAAUGUCGUCUUGAAGAGCCAACCCCUGGUUCCCAGAGAGAGCAUCACAGCGUGGAUGAACGCCAUCGGGCUGGUGAUCACCGCUCUUCCUGAGCCGUACUGGGUUGUUCUCCAUGACCGCAUAGUGUCUGUGAUCAGCUCCCCUGCUCUGACAUCAGAGACAGAUUGGGUGGGUUAUCCCUUUGCUUUGCUGGACUUCACAGCCUGUCACCAAAGCUACAGCGAGAUGAACUGCAGCUACGUGCUGGCACUAGCCCACGCCGUCUGGCAUCACUCAUCCAUCGGACAGCUGUCUCUGACGCCCAAAUUCCUGUCAGAGGUUCUGAAGCCCAUUGUGCAGACAGAGUUCCAGCUCCUGUACGUGUACCACCUCGUGGGGCCGUUCCUGCAGCGCUUCCAGCAAGAAAGGACUCGAUGCAUGCUGGAGAUUGGUGUAGCUUUUUAUGAGAUGCUGCAAGCUGUCGACCAAAACUGCCAACAUCUCAGCUACAUGGAUCCGAUUUGUGAUUUCCUGUACCACAUCAAGUACAUGUACACUGGAGACAGUGUAAAGGAGCAGGUGGAGAAAAUCAUCAUGACUCUGCGUCCGGCCAUGAAGCUGCGCCUGCGCUUCAUUACCCACAGCAGCUUGAUCGAGACUUCAUCAUCAGCAGCAGCCAUGGCCGCCUCCACAUCCUCCUCUUCCUCCUCCUGUGGCAACCCACAGCCCACUCCGUCACUCUCCUCCUCCAACACCGCUGCCUCUCCCUCCACCCCCUCACAGCAUUCACACACACCAAUGUAGUUAACUGAAAUAAUAAAUAGAAACUCCCUCAGAAUCAUCAUUGUGGAUAUGAACAAUUAAGUUUACAUUGUGCAUUAUGAGUAAUUAUGUUGAUAAUGUAAACAUUUUAUGAUGGUUGAAUUUUUUAAAGCAAGAAUUUGCUUUCAACUGUAAGAAACAAAAUGUCCAAAUAAUUCUUACAUGGCAAAGUGUAAAAAAAUGUUACAAUUCUGGAUCAAGAACUCGCAUUAGACCUUCUUUUCUUUUUGUGAAUAUUUUUAUACUGUACAUUUGUAUUACUUUAUUAAAAGACACUUCAAAUAAAAA